CAUGAUACAUGUGGCCCCCCAGGUGACUCAGCGCCAAUCAAUGGAUUGGGGGUGAAGUCAGGGCGCCGGUCGUGCUGUCUGGCGGACGGAGCGGUUCGAUGCGGUGCCCGGAUGCUCGGCACCCCCAGGAUUUAGGAGCCGUUGCUGUGGACGAAGAGACAGGGACGUGAGCGGCCUUUGAGGGCGGCCAGAAUGCCAGUGAGCCCCCCCCCCCCCCCCCCCCCCCCCCCAUCUGCUCGGUGUGUGCGGGCUGAGCUUCGAGGGGCUGAGCUUCGUUGGAGGACCACAUGAUGGGGCACAGCAAGGCGAAGCGUUAUGAGUGUGACGUGUGUGGCAAGGCCUGGCAUCGCCCGAGCGACCUGGAGACCCACCGGCGGGUUCACACGGGAGAACGCCCCUUCGACUGCACGGAGUGCGACAAGAGCUUCAAGACGGCGCGGGACCUGAAGAUCCACCGGCGGGUGCACACGGGCGAGAAGCCCUAUGGCUGCUCCACCUGCAGCAAGAGCUUUACCUGUUUGUCGGGGCUGCUGCAUCACCGGCCGGUGCACAGCAGUGAGCGGCCCUUCACCUGCUCCGACUGCGGCAAAGGCUUCAAGUCGUUCAGCACCCUGAAGGUGCACAGGCGCCUGCACACUGGGGUGCGGCCCUACACCUGCAGCGACUGCGGCAAGGGCUUCACCCGCUCCGGCAACCUACUGGCGCACCAGCGCACCCACACCGGUGAGCGCCCCUUCACCUGUGCCGAGUGCGGCAAGGGCUUCACCCAUUCCACCAAGCUGCUGUCCCACCAGCAGGUGCACACCGGCGACCGUCCUUUCAGCUGCUCCGAGUGUGGCAAGGAAUUCAAGAGGGCGGAGAACCUGGAGAUCCACCGGCGGGUGCACACGGGCGAGAGGCCCUAUGACUGCUCCACCUGUGGCAAGAGCUUUACCCAGUCGUCGAGCCUGCAGCAGCACCGGCGGGUGCACAGCAGUGAACGGCCCUUUACCUGCUCCGACUGUGGCAAAGGCUUCAAGUCAUCCAAGGAACUGAAGCAGCACAGUCGCAUGCACACCAUGGAGCGGCCCUACAUCUGCAGCAACUGCGGCAAGGGCUUCAUCCGCUCCGGCAACCUACUGGCACACCAGCGCACCCACACCAGCGAGCGACCUUUCACCUGCGCCCAGUGCGGCAAAGGCUUCGCCCGCUCUGACAGCCUGCUGUCCCACCAGCGGGUGCACUCCAGCAAGAGGCCCUUUAGCUGCUCCGACUGUGGCCUAGACUUCAAAGGGGCGCAAGCGCUGAAGAACCACCGGCAGGUGCACACGGGCGAGAAGCCCUAUGGCUGCCCCACCUGCGGCAAGAGCUUUGCCCGGUCGUCGGAGCUGUGGCUGCACCGGCAGGUGCAUAGCAGUGAGCGACGAUUCACCUGCUCCGACUGCGGCAAAGGCUUCAAGUCGUCGACGCACCUGAAGGUGCACAGGCGCCUGCACACCGGGGAGCGGCCCUACACCUGCAGCGACUGCGGCAAGGGCUUCAGCCGCUCCUACAGCCUGCUGCUGCACCAGCACACCCACACCGGCGAACACCCCUACACCUGCGCCCAGUGUGGCAAGGGCUUCACCUGCUCCAGCAGCCUGCUGCAGCACCAGCACACCCACACCGGCGAGCGGCCCUUCACCUGCGCCCAGUGCGGCAAGGGCUUCACCAGCUCCAGCAGGCUGCUGCAGCACCAACGCAUCCAUACCGGCGAGCGCCCCUACACCUGCGCCCAGUGCGGCAAGGGCUUCACCCGGCCCACCAGCCUGCUGGGGCACCAGCGCACCCACUCCGGCGAGCGCCCCUACACCUGCGCCCAGUGUGGCAAGGGCUUCACCCGUUCCACCAGCCUGCUGUACCACCAGCGGGUGCACGCCAGCGACCGUCCCGUCCCCAGCCCGGUGUGUGGGGAGAGAAUUGCCAUGGACUCGCACGCCCCGUCGCACCAGCACGUGCACACCAGUGGCCAGCCCUACGACUGCCCGUACUGUGGUGAGGCGUUUGACAGCUCGCGGGGGUUGCGGCAGCACCGGCGGGCCCACGUCGGCGAGCAGCUGCUCCCACUGUGACAGAAGAGCACGGGGGCUGCGGGAGCACCAGCGGAUACACAGACCGUGAUGGAGAAGGGUUUAGGAGCUGUUGCUGUGGAUGGAGAGACGGGGAUGUGAGUGGCCAUGGAGGGCGGCCAGGUCGAUGCUGCCUCACCGGCGCAGUGACGUCACCGCCGCCCCGCGCAGUUGCUUCAGCAGGAACGACGCAAGAUGGCGGUUCAGUUUUAAAUUUGAAGGCGGCGACAAAAUGCCGGAGUAACUCAACGGGUCCGACGAGCAGCGUCUGUGAAGAGAAGCAACGGGGCGACGUCUCGGGUCGAGACCCUUCUGAAGGUAGACUCAAAAAAUGAAAUGCUGGAGUAACUUUGACAGAGAGAGAGAGAGAGUGAUAGAUUGUGGAAACAGGCCCAACAGGGCCUUUAAAAAUAAGCGGUGGGUCGCUUCAAGUUCCAAGAUUCAAUUUAAUUGUCACUUAACCAAUUAAGAUUCUGUGAAAUGAACGGAUGAAUAAGUUUAUUAGUGUACAAAAAAAAGCUGGAGAAACUCAGCGGGUGCAGCAGCAUCUAUGGAGCGAAGGAAAUAGGCAACGUUUCGGGCCGAAUCCCUUCUUCAGACUGGUUUAUUAGUAUGUUCACAUACAAGGAAUCAGCCUCGGUGCUCCUCUCACAAGCAUCAACACGGCAGACAGUAACAAUUAAGUUACAGUGCAAUGAACGGAUGAAUACGUUUAUUGGCCAGGUAGACAAAAUUGCUGGAGAAACUCAUAUGUGUGUAUAUAUAAAUUCAAUGGUAAAUGGACAAACUGAUCUGUUCUGUA